UGGUGUGUGUUGAUCUCCGGUGGGGACCGCAUAAUCCACUCGGACCUUCAGUAGAGCAGAUCUCAUCUGCCUACACAUAUAGAUAUUGAUUUACUCACCACAGCUGUGAGUCACCUGGGGACGUCAUCCCCCUGAGAGAUGACUAUCACCAAUCAAAACGAGACAGAUUUAAGCAGCACCAGCAACAGUGGCGGGCUUCCCCAAUGGAGCCGGAGGGAGAUCUGCCUCCUCUCAGCUCUGGUCUUCUCAGCAGGCCUGUGCGUCAUCUUAUGCGGCAUGCUGGCACUUGAAUACAUUUCCCUGGACGCCCAGCAGGACCCACUGUGCAGCCAGGACUGCCAACACAAACGCUCCCUGCUGCGGGCGUCACACUUCAUUAAGGACAAUAUUGACCCAACCAUCCCACCCUGCCAGGACUUCUACUCCUUCGCCUGUGGUGGCUGGCUGCGCCGCAAUGGCAUCCCAGAGGACAAGCUCAGCUAUGGCAUCAUCACUGCCAUAGGGGAGCACAAUGAGGAGAAACUACAUCGCCUCCUGCUGGAGCCGAUACAGAGGCGCGGGCCCAACUCAGCAGAGCACAAGGUCAAGAAGUUCUACCAAUCAUGCGUCAAUAUCCAAGAGAUCGACAAGCUGGGCUCUGACCCCAUGAGGGAGGUGAUAGAAAGCUGUGGGUGGUGGGACCUGGCUCCUCCCAGUGCUGCUGGGAGGGGUGAGGUCAUUCCACAGAGACCGCCGGACUUCAACGACAUGCUGUACAGGACCCAGGGGGUGUACAACGCUGCCGUGUUCUUCUCCCUCUCUAUCAAUGUGGACGACAAAAACUCCUCCAGGAACACCAUCAGGAUUGAUCAGGAGGGGCUCACGCUGCCUGAAAGAAGUCUCUACCUGGGACAGGACGAGGACAGUGUGAAGAUCUUGGCGGCAUACAAGGCUGUGAUGGAGCGCUUGCUGAGCAUGCUGGGAGCUCACAACACCACGCAGAAGUCCGAGGAGAUUAUACAACUGGAGACCCGUCUGGCCAACGUCACUUUGUCAGAAUAUGAUGACCAGAGAAAGGACAUGAGCACCAUGUAUAACCGCAUCACCCUCAGGCAGCUACAGCAAAUCGCUCCCAGUUUGUAUUGGAAACACUUGCUGGACAGAAUCUUCCACAAUAACUUCUCAGAAGAUGACGAGAUUGUGAUCUCCACCGACUACAUACAGAAAGUCUCCGACAUCAUCAAGACCACUUCAAAGAGGGUUGUACAUAACUACAUGCUGUGGCGCAUUGUGGCAGCCCUCAGUCAACAUCUGUCCACCACCUUCCGCAGCACCAUCCACGAGUUUUCUCAGGAGAUUGAUGGCACCGAACAGCAGCUGGAGCUGGGCAGGUUCUGCCUCACCCAGACCAACGAACACUUUGGCAUGGCCCUUGGAGCCCUGUUUGUUCAGCAGCACUUCUCCUCACAGAGCAAGGCUAAGGUACAGAAGCUGGUGGAGGACAUAAAGGACUCUCUGUACCUCCGGCUCCAUGAGCUGGACUGGAUGGAUAAGGCCACCAAGAAGGCUGCCAGAGAAAAGCUGAAGCACAUGAUGGUGAUGACGGGAUACCCUGACUUCCUUCUCAAACCUGAGCUCAUAGAUCAAGAAUAUGGUUUUGAUGUGGAUGAGAAGACCUACUUCAAGAACAUCCUCAACAGCAUCAAGUUCAAAAUCAAGCUCUCAGUCAAGACGAUCCAUGAAGAAGUGGACAAGUCAGCAUGGAUUCUCCCUCCCCAGGCCCUAAAUGCCUACUACCUUCCUAACAAGAACCAAAUGGCUUUUUGUCAGUGCUUUCAAGCUUCUGUUUUCGGUUACCUGGACCUGUACCAUAUCUGCACCUGCUUGUCUGCCUGUCUGGACUUUUCCGAAUCUCAUCCCUGCAACUCUGUGGAUUUAAUACUACUGCUGUUUGGACAGUUUGGACUUGCUACCCAUACCUUCUUUCCAGCUGGCAUCCUUCAGCCCACUUUCUACAACCCUGAGUUCCCACAGUCUCUGAACUAUGGAGGAAUAGGAGCUAUCAUUGGCCGUGAACUAACACACGGAUAUGAUGACUGGGGGGGCCAGUACGACCGGCACGGCAGCUUCAAACAGUGGUGGACUGAGAAGUCCUACAGAAAGUUCCAGAAGAAGGCUGAAUGUGUCCUCAAGCUCUACGAUAAUUUCACUGUUAAUAACCAGAGAGUGAAUGGUCGUAUGACACUGGAGGAGAACAUAGCGGACAUGGGAGGACUCAAGCUGUCAUACUACGCGUAUCAGAAGUGGGUGAGGGAACAUGGUCCAGAGAGGCCCCUACCUGGGCUCAGAUACACUCAUGAACAGCUGCUCUUCAUUGCCUUUGCGCAGAACUGGUGUAUGAACAGAAGAUCUCAGUCGCUCUACUUGCAUCUGCUAAAUGACAAACAUGCACCAGAGCACUACAGAGUCAUCGGCAGUGUUUCCCAGUUUGAUGAGUUUGCACGUGUUUUCCACUGUCCGAAGAAUUCACCAAUGAACCCUGUGGACAAAUGUUCCAUAUGGUGACGUCUCCACCUGUCUAGAGCCAGGCUGUGACACAGACAUAGAGACGCAACCUGUCCUACAUCACACAUUCAUCAGAGCUAACAAGAUGAUACAGAGUGCAUAAAGCAGCCAGAUCCAGGAUGGAAGUACAUCUUUUCAAUUGUCAUCAAUACAAAGGCUUUAAAUUGUGGAAGUUUAUACACUGAUUGUCCAUUGAUAACUCAGUCUGUAUUUACCAUCGAGCAUGGGUCACAUGACCAUUGAUCAUGUACAUACAUUAUUUGAUUACCAUAUUUCCUCAAAUAAAACAAGGUAGUCAAUUAAAAGCCAGGUCUCCGAUAAUGGCCGAGGGCGUGGUCAACACGAACAAAUGAAGAAUAACUUUGUUGUUCUGGAUUACUCAUCUAAUGUAUUAUUGUCCUAUUUCAGUCACUGUGGGUGUAUAUGCGUUAAUGUCUCAGCCAGCUGUAGUUUGCAGUAAUGUACAAGUGCCACAAGAUUGCAGCAGCUACAUUUGAAGUACCCUUUGGGACC